AGCAGAGCAGAUCAAGGCAUACAUUCAACACUCACCAUCACACGCCUCCACCCUUCAUCCCCACGUUACACUCAUGUCGGCCACAGCAGGACCCAUGUCCAGCGCUCCUGCCCACGGCAUGUCAGGCCAAGCGCCGCGUCAGCAGAACUCCUUCAAGGCCCAGGACAAGCCAGAUGAAGUCAGGAGAUCCAACAUCUCUGCAGCCAGGGCCGUGUCGGAUGCUAUCCGUACCUCUCUCGGCCCAAAGGGAAUGGACAAGAUGAUCCAGACUCCCCAGGGAGAGGUCGUCAUCACCAAUGACGGAGCUACCAUCCUCAAGCACAUGGCCGUCAUGCACCCGGCAGCUAGGAUGCUCGUAGAGCUCUCACAGGCUCAGGAUGUAGAGGCGGGAGACGGUACCACUUCCGUCGUAGUCGUGGCUGGAUCGCUGUUGGGCGCUGCGGAGAAGAUGCUCAACAAGGGCAUUCACCCCACCAUCAUCGCAGAGUCGUUCCAGAGGGCUGCAACAAAGGCAGUGCAGUACCUCGAGGAAAUCUCCACUCCAGUGGACCUGGCAGACAAGGAGAGCCUCCUGAGGGCAGCAAGCACCAGUCUGAACUCCAAGAUCGUCUCGCAGUACUCCUCCGUCCUCGCUCCCAUUGCCGUGCGAGCCGUGACCCGGUUGCUGGACCCUGCCGCUUCGGCCGUUGCACCCUCCAAGUCUUCUGCUGACGCCAGCUCAGCUAGUGCUCCCGGCGGUUCAGCAGCAGCGCCUUCAUCAAAGGCAGCGCUCUCAGCACAAGACUCCUCCUCUAGCGCGUCUGUAGAUCUGAGGGAUAUUCGCAUCGUCAAGAAGGUCGGUGGAACAAUCGAUGACACCGAGCUCAUCGAGGGUGGACUGGUGUUGGAGCAGAAUGUGGUCACAGGAAGCGGCGGACCUAGUCGGAUGGAGAAGGCAAAGAUUGCCGUUUGCCAAUUCCAAUUGAGCAGCCCGAAGCCAGACAUGGACAAUCAAAUCGUGGUCAAUGACUACCGCCAAAUGGACAAGAUCCUCAAGGAAGAGCGUCAAUACCUCCUCAACAUGUGUAAGAAGAUCAAGAAGACCGGCUGCAAUGUCCUGCUGCUGCAAAAGUCGAUUUUGCGUGAUGCCGUCAACGAGCUUGCCCUUCACUUCCUCGCCAAGCUCAAGAUCCUCGUGGUGAAGGACAUUGAGCGAGACGAGAUUGAGUUCAUCACCCGUACGCUCGACGCCAAGCCCAUUGCCGACAUCGAGGCCUUCACAGAUGACAAGCUGGCCAGCGCCGACUUGGUGGAUGAAGUUCAGCAGAGCGGAGCUCGGGUGUGCAAGAUUACAGGCAUCAAGAACAUGGGCAGGACAGUGUCGAUCUUGUGCACUGGUGCCAACUCUCUCGUCCUAGAGGAGAGCGAGAGGAGUCUGCACGAUGCGCUCUGUGUGGUGCGAUGUCUCGUAAAGAAGAGGGCUCUCAUCGCCGGUGGAGGAGCGCCCGAAGUGCAUGUCUCCCGCCUCCUCUCCUCAUAUGCCCAGACCCUCAAGGGCAUGGAAUCCUACUGCUUCCAAGCCUACAGCGAAGCCCUCGAGAUCAUCCCCACCACCCUAGCAGAAAAUGCUGGUCUAAACCCAAUUGCCAUUGUCACCGAAUUGAGAAAUCGUCACGCCCUUGGAGAGAGGACGGCGGGAAUCAAUGUUCGUAAAGGACAGAUUACAAAUAUCUUGGAGGAAAAUGUUCUUCAGCCACUCUUGGUCAAUACGAGUGCAAUUGAACUCGCGACGGAGACGGUUGCACUGCUACUCAAGAUUGACGAUUUGAUGUUGUCGCGAUAGACGGAAAGGGCGAGGGGGAACGAGCAAAAAGAAGGGAGUAGGAGUGGGCGGAUGUAUCGUGGGAGAGGUGAAAGAGCCCUGAUAGAUAGCGCCGAGAUUGUAAGAUUGCCCUGUCCCUGUCAUACGAUGGGAUUCGAUGUGGAUGUCAAUCGACUCUUAUACAGUAGCAUACAUUGAUGUCCUCCUUCCUAGGGUGUGUGAUCAAGAGUAUGCAUGCAUGG